CGCGCUUGUGCUGGGCAGCCAUUUUCUGCAGUUACAUCAGAAGCGGAAGUCUUUGGCGAAGAACAUUUUCAUUUUCACUCCUUUUGCGAUUCUCAGAUAUUUAAAAAUGAGCGAUGUUGAGGAUACACGUUUCGAGGGGAGGGAAUCCCGCUCACCGUCCAAAUCGGGGCGGGGCAGUCCCGCCCGUGCCAAGUCAGAGAGCAGGUCUGCCUCUCCCAGCCCUGUCCGAGCAUCGAAGCAUUCUGAUUCAAGAUCCCGAUCCCGUUCUAAGUCCAGGUCUCAUUCACGCGGGCAUUCAAACCGUCGUUACAGCCGUUCGCGGUCUCACUCCCGCUCUCACCGGAAAAAGUCUCGUUCACGCUCCUACAGCCCUGAGAACCGCCGCAAGAGGAGCCAGAGCACAUCGCCCAUGUCUAACCGCCGCAGACACAAUGGCAGCAGGAGCUCAUACAGCCAUGACUCCAAAAAAGACUCGCACAGUCAUGGUGACGAAAGGGCCAAUCCAGACCCUAACACAUGUCUGGGCGUGUUUGGUCUGAGUCUGUACACAACUGAGCGAGACCUGAGAGAGGUCUUCUCACGUUAUGGUCCUUUAGCUGGUGUCAAUGUUGUCUACGACCAGCGUACGGGGCGCUCUCGUGGUUUUGCCUUUGUUUACUUUGAGCGCAUCAGUGAUGCCAAAGAGGCAAUGGAGCGAGCUAAUGGCAUGGAGCUGGAUGGGAGACGCAUCAGAGUGGACUAUUCUAUCACUAAACGUCCACACACCCCAACACCAGGCAUCUACAUGGGUCACCCCACACAUAACGGAGGUGGGAGCAGCAGCAGCAGCAGUGGUGGGCGGAGACGAGAGUCGUAUUAUGAUCGUGGCUAUGAUAGAUAUGACGAGUAUGACUACAGAUACAGCAGGAGGCGCUCUCCAUCACCCUAUUACAGCCGAUACAGGUCUCGUUCAAGAUCUCCCUCAUACAGCCCACGACGAUACUAAGAAGAUCCUGGCUGCAUUGUCUUUUUGCCUGGAGUUAAACGGUUAUAAAGAUAUGAAGUACAUGUAAAUUCACUGUUCAGCAGGAAAAAUAAGCACCUGUGUGCUGGUCAGAUGAAGAGCAGCUCUAAUUUGACAAAGUAUUUGUGUAGUAGCUGUCUUAAUUUGUAGACUUUCUAGUCAUUUUAAAGUCUGUUGAGAUCAUCGAUUGCGUCAUCAUGGAAUUUUGUGUGCAAAACGUUUUCUUUUUUUGAUAGUGUGUUCUUAUGGUCUGAUGUGAAUGUGCAUAUGCCUGUUUUCUUAUAUACUGAGCAUCCUUUGACAGGUCUGUAUGUUGAGUGUGAGUGUCUGUGAAUGCCUGUAAAUUCACUGUACUUGAGAAAGCAGACUUAUUCUGUUUGUUUAUCUGUGACAUCAAGAUCUUUUAUUUUCAGUAGUAAUUGGUAUUGCUUUUCUUUUUCAAGGAAUAAAAAGACUCAAAAGAA